UCAGUCCAAAAAAAGUCUCGCAAGAAAUCCCUGCCAUCUGCUUCAGAUGAGAGUCUAAGCGGAAAUCCUACAAGGAAGGUGGAGCAGAACAUCGCCCUCGGUUACUUCAGCCUUAGCUUCAAGGGGAUUGCUGCUGAAGCUUUCAAGACAGUCCCAGCCGGGGCGGAAACGACAUGGGACUUUGGACGGUGUUGCUCCUGCCUUGGGCAGUCACACUAGGACCGGUCGCCGCUCUGCAGCUGGAGCGAGCAGAUUUCACUUAUCAGCUGCCGCAUGCAAGUGCCAUUGCUGUGAAUGUGAAAGGCCAGCGCUGGAAACGAAGCUCACCCAUCAAUAUCGACUCCGUCAAAACAUUGGAAGCUGAAGGGGACCGUCUGAGCCAGGACCUAGUGGGAGCGAGUCUUGCCAUUGACACUCUGCCAGACAAUGGAACUAAAAUUGUGGAAGAUCACCAUAACUAUUAUAUAUCCAGGAGUUAUGGGCCAAAUGACUCCAGAACGAAAGAGCUCUGGGUCGACUUCACAAAGGUGGACAAGAGUAAAGUGAAGGUGCACAGCAUUCUGUCAAACACCCACCGGCAAGCUUCGAGAUUGAUUCUUUCCUUCGAUUUCCCUUUCUAUGGCCAUUAUUUGCGUCAGAUCACCAUAGCAACUGGAGGUUUCAUAUUCACUGGAGAUGUCAUCCAUCGGAUGCUGACGGCCACUCAGUACAUUGCCCCACUCAUGGCCAACUUCGAUCCCAGUUACUCCAGGAAUUCCACUGUCAGAUACUUCGAUAACGGGACAGCAUUCGUCGUCCAAUGGGAUAAAGUGUUUCUGCCUGACCGGGAGGACAUUGGAAGUUUCACCUUCCAGGCCAUGCUGUGUCAAGAAGGGAGAAUCGUGUUCAGUUACAAGGACGUUCCAAUAACAGUGACACAGAUAAAUUCUGCACAGCACCCUGUCAAAGUAGGACUCUCUGAUGCCUUCAUGAUAGACCAUGUGGCACCACAUGCUCCUGAUGGUCAGAGGCGAACAAUUUACGAAUAUCACAGGGUGGAAAUGGACAUGACAAAGAUCAAGAGCAACUCUGCCUUAGAGUUCACUCCAGUUUCCAUGUGUCUGCAACAUCUGAGUUGUAACGCCUGUGUCAAUGCUGAGGAACGCUUCAACUGCAGUUGGUGUGGUGUACUCCAGAGGUGUUCCAAUGGGUUUGAUCGUCACCGACAGGAGUGGCUGGACUAUCACUGCAUGGAGGAGCACAACAUUGAGCUCUGCGAGGAUCUUCCGGAACAUUCCCAAGAGACUUCCCCGACAACAACCCCUUUAAGCUCACUGGAAAGUGACACUACCAGCACGGCCACAUCGGUGCUUCUUUCGAGCAGCCUCACCACAGAAGAUGACACUAAAUUGAUCUUCCACGUGAGGGAUGAUGCUAUAACAGAUGACAGCCCGCAGGAGAAGAGAGCUCCCAUGCAUGCUGGUGUAGUGGUGGGCAUCGUGCUGGCGGUUAUUGUGAUCACCGUCAUUAUUCUUGUCGUUAUCUACAUCAACAGUCAUCCCCUGUCUUCUGCUGCCUUAUUUUUUAUUGAGCGCCGUCCCCACAGAUGGCCAGCCAUGAAGUUCAGGAACAAUGCUGGACACCCAACCUACACAGAGGUGGAUCCAAUGGGUCAUGAUAAAGAAGGAUUCCUGGAAGCUGAACAGUGUUAAAACCUUCCUGAGAUGAACCAGUUGAAGUAGAAAAUGGUCAUGGUCUUCCAAACCGUGAUGCACAGAGCUGUAUUCUCUCCAUUUCUCAGCUACUGUCUAUGGAGGAUUACCUUACAAACUAGCCUCAUGUUAUGCUGGAAUAGUACCACCCACCAUCCCUGUUAACAGCCAAUCCUAUCCAUGUACAUAUGAUGAAGAAUAAGUUACAACUAAUAAGUAUAUGUACAUUUAUUUCUUUGCGAACCAGUUAUGUUCAGAUCCAUAUAUAUAUAGUAUACAACAUACCAGAGUAUAGGUAGACCUUAUACAAUGGAGCAUUUUCAUCCACUUUGCUGGGGAAGUGGAUGAAAUUUUGAUUUGGUUCGUAUAAUUUAUAUAAUACAGUUAGUAUGCACAGUUUUUCAUCCAUCUUCUGCCCCCAGAGAUACAGGCUUUGAACUGUUCUCAUAGUCAGAGCCAGUCAGCAUUGUAUUUUACAUUCGCUUUCAUUUUGGAGUAACUACAUUUUGAAAUAAAAGGAUUUCCAUCA